GCCGCCACCGCCGGAGGGGACCCGCGCCGGUGCGCAGGCGACAGCGGCCCCCCCGAGAGUUCCCUCGGGAAGACGACCAUCUCCCCAGCCCACCAUGGCGGAUGAAAUUGAUUUCACGACUGGGGAUGCCGGGGCGUCCAGCACUUACCCGAUGCAGUGCUCGGCCCUGCGCAAAAACGGCUUCGUGGUGCUCAAAGGACGACCGUGCAAAAUAGUGGAGAUGUCAACUUCCAAAACUGGGAAGCACGGGCACGCCAAGGUUCACCUUGUUGGAAUUGAUAUUUUCACUGGCAAAAAAUAUGAAGAUAUUUGUCCUUCUACUCACAACAUGGAUGUUCCAAAUAUUAAAAGGAAUGAUUAUCAACUGAUAUGCAUUCAGGAUGGUUACCUUUCCCUGCUGACAGAAACUGGUGAAGUUCGUGAGGAUCUUAAGCUGCCAGAAGGUGAACUAGGCAAAGAAAUAGAAGGAAAAUAUAAUGCAGGUGAAGAUGUACAGGUAUCUGUCAUGUGUGCAAUGAGUGAAGAAUACGCUGUGGCCAUAAAGCCCUGUAAAUAAAUGGGAACAUCAGGCAUGAGCACACUGUUUAGGUCUGGAUCAACUACAGAUCUAAAGUUUGGUUCUGAGUUGUCACCAAAGCCAUGGCCUUCAUAAGCAACCUCAUUUCUUUUUUAAAUGUUUCUGGACUUGUGCUGAGUUCAUUUGUAGGCAAUUGGUAAUUUAAAAAAAUAAUCAAAAUGUAUAAUUCAUUUUUUAAUUUUGUAGGUGUCUUUCCUAUAACAUUCCUGUGGUUUUCUGUGAGUCCAAGAGACAAAAUAGCUUCAGCAGAUGUGAUUUGUUUGAGCAACUCAUUCCUGAAUUUUAAUUAAAUGAUAAACCGGGGUUUUAAAUCAAACAAUGUAGCAUCUAAUAGUAGUGAAGUACCACAUUUAAGUUGAAUUGUUCUGCAUUAAUUUCAAACUUAAAUCAUAGAAUAAGAAAAUUAUUGAUCGGCAUUGUCAUAGUUUCAUCCUGGCAAGGACAAAUCCUUAAAAAAAAUGCUAUCAAAAAGUGUCAGUUAUCUUAGUAGCCAUAUGCAGCCACCUAUAUUACCUCAAUCACACUAUUAUUUGCCAAAUUAUUGGCAGAUUUAAUAUAAUCUUAUAUAUAUAGUUGUUUUAGUACCUGCUUGUGGUUGACAGAGAGGCAUUGAAAUGUUAGGUGACAAUUGGUAAGUCAGGCUGUAAAGACAGGGACAGUGGCAUAGAAGGUUGGUUAAAGCCAUAGAUUUUUGAGGCUUUGCAGUCAGUUUUUUUGCUUGCUUUUAAUCUUUGUGUGUGUAUUUAAAGGAGUGACCUGCUUUAUAGGAUACUAUGCAGUACUUUUUAUCAAUUAUGUUCAAUAAAUAUUAGUAUUUAUUGUAGUCACUCCUUUCCAAUCACUUAAGUAGAUUUUUUUUUUUUUUUUACAUUAAAAGACUUGUCAAACAAAACCUGAAAAUUCUUUCUUUAAGCUGUUUGGAACACUUGUUACAUUUCUGUACAUCUCUUUUAAAGUGAAGUGAAAGUGAAUCAUCGAAGAAAAGUUACUUUAAAAGUUACUUUAUGUGAUUAUUAUUUAACUUAUUUUAAGAAGUAUAUAUUUUUUCCUGAUGGUUAUAUGACUUAAUUCAGUUACUGGUAGGCAUUAAAACUAUAUUUUUAUUUAGUAUUUUAGGUCACGUGUAUCCUAUUUCUAGAAUGCCAGACAUUGUCACGCAAUUUGUGAAAAUCUGACUCAUUAACAAUCAUUAUAGUGGAAUGAAACUUAGAACAAAAUCACUAUUUGAGUAAUACCUUCAUUCUUUUAAGACAGAUUAUAUGAAGUAUCUCCCAUCAUGCCUUGAUUUCUAACAGGUCUUUGUUUCUAUGAGCCAGAGGAAAGCUUACAAUGCUGCAACUGACUUAAUCAGCUCCAACAUUGUAUAUAUUAGAUUGGAUCAAAUCAGAUCUAAUCAGAACUGGAAAUAACUUUAGGAACAGAAGAUCUCAGUUUCAGUUACUUAAUUUGUGCACUUUUAAAUAUUGUAUUAGCCUCAGCAAACCCAUUUGAAGAAGCAGCAAGUUACUUUAAGAGAACUGUAAGGAGGGAAUUCUAAAGCACAAGAAAUGCUGAGGUUUUAAUCAUCUUUAAUUUACCUUUUACCCAUGUAAAGCACAAUUAGGAAUUAGGCUAAAUUCCUUUCUGUAUUCCAUCUUAAGUAUUCAUUAAAUAUUACUCUAAAUUUUUAGUACUUUGGAGUAUGUAUCUUACUUGCUAUUGAUUGACAUUAUAAGGAAUUCUGGCAGGAAUUCGAGAUCAUCAAUCUGCUGCUUGUUAGUCUUUCAUAUAAUCCCAGCUAACCAUACUAGUGUUCUGGUUUAGUAUUAAUUCUGCAUUUGCAUGUCCUUUUUUUUCCUAACUUGUGAAACUUCACAUAAAUAUAUUUUCAAUUGUGAGGUAAGCAUAUAUAAAAUAUAAUAAUGCAUCUGUCUUUGUACCUUGAAUGGCAAAAGCUAUUUAUGCAUAUAUAUUUCAAGUACUAUAAUGAAGUGUAAAUACUCUCCUGACAUAUAAGUAUAGAUUUUAAAGAUAUUGGACUGUUUAUUUUCACAUAAGUCAAUACAUGUUUCUCUAGAACAAAAUAUUUCAUUUAGUAAAGCUUUAUAAAUUAUAUUAAAAGGAAGCAGGGAAAUAUUUUUUAACAUAGAACAUAAGUGACUUCAUUCUUUUUUGACAUCAGUAAUGUUAAAUGUUGAUUCCUAUUAUUGUACUUUUUGUAGCAAAUGUUAAAUAUCACAAGUUACCAUGUAUAAAAUGUAGACCGUCAUGUUGAUAGAUUAUACAGUGAUAUACCUUUUUUUUUUUUUUUUUGCAAGCAUUUCACCAGUUUUUAUGCAAUAUUAACUAGUGGGAUAUUUUGUUUCUUUCUAGAACAUAUUUUCUUUCUACUGUGAAGAUUUUGUUAUAUCUUACUACAAAGCUGUAUACCCUCUGAAACAAAUCAAAUAAUGGCUACUUUAACUUUGCAGUUGCAUCAUAAACACAACUAUGAUGUUUCUCUUCUGCUCCCCUCCAAGGGCUGUCAAUCACUUGAAAGUGUUGCUAAUAAGCUCUUGAAUCUGUUUCCAUUAAUGGUACAAAAUUCAGUACCAAUGCUUUAUAACAAUUACCAAAACUCUCCUGCAGCCAGAACGUACUAUCUUUAGUAGAAGAUGCUACAAUAAGAUGUUUAGGCUAUAAAAUAGGGGGGACACAAUAUUUCGUUAUAGCACAAUGUGAGUGUGCAUCUGCACAUACAGCUUUGUAUGUUCUUUUUACGAAGUCCUUCCAACUCUUUUAAAAGUACUGUAGUCUGGUAGUGCCUCAGAUGUUGGUAACUUUUUUUUAAUUUAUAACUUUUCCAGAGUUUGUUUUUGUACUUUCAAGUUUCUCAAUUAGAUUAUUUCUAGUUGAGCUGUAAUAUGAAUGCAUUGUUCUCAGGGCUGUUUGUGCUAAGAUCUAAGGUUUCAUUAUUUUAAAGCUAACUGCCUGAAAGUAUAUUGCAAAAUUUUCCCAAGUUGUAAUACAAAGAUACAAAUAAAAAAAUCCUCAAUAUCAACAUUCUUAAACUAUAUGCUAAGUAUUGAAGAAGAAAAUGGGAACACUGAUAACAUGUAUACCGGAAUCUUGCCAUAUUUUCUUCAUUUUAGAAUAGAACUUGACAGUCUUAUCUUAGAACCCUAUCCUUAAUGAUGUAUCUGAAAGCAUUCCUUUGGCAUGAAUCCCAAAGAUAAGUUUCAGAGCCAGAUACUGAUGUAGGGUUCACAGACAUAUUUAGGGAUAACUGAAAAUUCACAUUGCUCUUUUGGGUACAUUAAAAUGUUUACAUAUUGAAUUCUAUGAUAUGAACUAGGAACAAAUUUACUGCUCAUUAAAUGUCUCUUAAGCAGUCUAAGAGCAAGCUAUCAGCAUAUUUCCAUCAACAUUACAUUAUAUUGAACUAACCUACAGUUUAAAAUUUUCUAAUGGCAUUUAGUCACAUUUCAUAGUUUUCAAGGUGUUUUUUUUUUUCCUCCUAGCAUUCAGGCAAAUAGGUAACAAAGAAAAAAAGUAAGAAAAUUUACUGUGGAAAAUUUUAAAAUGGAAAAAAUUCAAUAUUUUUCUUUCUGAAUUUGUUAUAUGGCAUCAUUAUUUGAUUUUAGUAGGGAACAUUUGGAUUUAGCUUACAGAACACAGAUGUUCUGUGAGAAUGUGGCUUGUAUAUAAAUAUAUAUAAUUUGAUAUUUUUCCAUCAAACCUGAACAUAAUUUAAAUACCACAUGAGGUCAAGUGCCUGAAAAGUGCUGUAUUCAUCUAAAAAACACCUUUUCCUUUUGCAAAAGUUGCAUCUUAGAGCAAAUGCCUAUCAGGCUUCCACCUGCUAUACUUGUUGCCAAACCUCACCAUUCACCACUACUCCUCCUUUGCUCCUUGAACAGGUUGAAACCUAUUUUACAAGUGAAAGAGUUUUUUAUUUAUAUGAAGUCCCUAAAGCUAUUUCUUGGUAUUGUUAUUCAUAGGUUUAUCUUAGUUCAAGACUACACUUUUUAAAAUUCUGGACACUAAACUGUUCAGUGAUGACUGUGCAGCUUGUAAUAACUGAUUGUUGUGAUCUUUUGAGAGGAAUUCUUUAUUGUUAAUGUCUACUUAAAUAAGCACUCUUGUGCUUGCUGAAAAAUGUAAUGCAAAUCACUAGUUACUGUACUAGCACUAGUACUAAUAUAAUUUACUGUACUAGUAUUAGUAAAAACAACUAGUUCUAUACAAUUAGGUACCUUUGUCCUCCUUCAAAAAGGAAAUAGUUGAAAUGGUAUUGGCUAAUCCAGUGGCACUUUAUUAGUAAUGUAUUUUAUUUGUCUUAGAGAUAAGGCAAUUCAUGCUUUUAUCUGCAAAGUCAUGUUUUAGCUAAAACUUUAAAACUGUAAGAUAUGUAAUAUGGGUAUAUAAUUUUGCAUUUUACAUUUCAAAACUGGGUAACAUUCAAAGGGUAUGUCUUUGCCUAUACAAAAAUAAUUGUUGGAAUCCUUUAAAAUGUAGAUGGUAAACAUCAAUUAUAAAUUUUUGUUACAUUAAAAUAUAUUUGUCUCUUAAUUUCAUGUUAAAUAAAAAUAAAGUUAAAUAGCUUGCAUUAUUCUUGUAUAUAUACAUUCCUAAAAAUAUUUCAUACUAGAAAAUUA